UUUUCAAUGAGCUCAGCGGAGGGUUACCCAUGAGUCUCAUAGUUGACUUUUCAAUGGGUCUCAGCGGAGGUUACCCAUGAGUCUCAUAGUUGACUUUUCAAUGGGUCUCAGCGGAGUUUUCCAUGAGUUUUUGGUUCUAACAUUGGGGGUCCUCCCAUUAAUUUUAGCAUUAGAUCAGCACCAACAACAACGACAACAGAACCGUUAACAGCAACCAAGAAUCAAAGAUGGUUUGUUUUUAAUAUUUUUAAUAAAAGUGCAAGUUUUGCCUGCAAAUAUCUCUCCCUAAGAUUAAUCCGCUAAUAAAGGUUAAUUCCCUCGAUUCCUUGAUAAAAACCCAAGGGAAACGGUUUGGACAUGUUUGGCUCGAUAAUUCAAAAUAUUAUUUUUACUAUGAAGAGUUGUAGGGUUUAUUCAGCAAAUGGCUGAACGUUUGAAUCACAACUUGCCGCAAUGUAGGGACAUAUGGCAAAUUGGGGUACGGCCCAAGUAGGCGCACGGCCAAGUAGGCGCAAAGUCAUAACUUGCUUCAAAAUUUCCGAAUCUUACCAAAUUUGGUAUUAAACGAUUCUUCUCAUCGAGCUAAAGAGAAUGGUACCAAAAUUGUUAAGGUACACAAAUUUUUCAGGUAGUUAUGGCUUUGCGCCUACUUGGCCGUGCGCCUACUUGGACGUGUCCCGGCAAAUCGAUGGCUACAGCAGACUUGCUUGUAUUUGCUUUUAUUCGUCAUGUUACUGGGUCGCUUAUGAAGUUGAAAGUUUGAGGUUAAUUGAUGACGACAGCCUGUUGGACAAUUUUUGA